AUGAAAAAAGCCAUGGAACUGUCAGCAUUCGAGAAGAAACCAGCCGAGGUUUACGACUACGUCACGGGAAAGUCGCCUCCUCAGUACAUCGAGCAGUUGCCAAAGCGGUCUUCGGUUAUGGAGAACCUCCGUAGAUUCAAGGAAAAGAACCACCCGCUGCCGAAAGCUCCUAAGCAGCGUUGUGGGUUUGAGAUUCCACCUGAGUUCAGUCACGCUAUCAUCGGGCAAGAGGUUCGUCCUACACUUGUCUAUGACUCCGGCAAGGAUGACAAGGACCGAAUUCUCGUGUGGA